UUUUCCUUCUUUCUUCUCCAUUGAAAGCUACACCAAAAUUUAUCCCAUUAAUUAUUCAUUUAAUAAUGGAUUUCGUUCUAGAUUCCACCACCUCCUAUUUUCAUCUUACCUUUUUACCAGCAACUUUGUUUUCAUCUGUCUUUUUUCUUCCCUCGUAUCUUCCAAACUCAGACAUUAAUGAUAAUCAUGGAGAAAUCUAGUUCUGGGCCAAAGGCAACAAAAGAAGCGGGAUCCAAGAAAAUCCAAAAAGAAUCAAGCACCAUGGAAAGCCUCCCACGGGAGAUUGCUCUUGACAUACUAUCAAGAUUACCUAUAACUUCUUUAAUCCAGGUUAAGUGGGUUUGUCGUUCUUGGCGAAGCUUAGCACAAGACCCACUUCUUGCAACCAUGCAUUUCUCUCGCAUGAAUGACUAUGAUCCAGGUCUCGUCUUGCACUGUGACUUGCCUCUCCAAAACCAUCUCUAUUAUCUGCAUCUCUCUUCUCCAGAUAUAGUGAUCACUAGACUUCGUGUGCCUAUGAUCUCUGAGUUCGCUGUAGUUGGCUCAUGUAAUGGUUUACUGUGCCUGUGGCAUUCAUUGUUCAAAGAUAAAUGUUAUAUAUAUAAUCCUUUUACCAGGGAUUUCAAAGAACUGCCUGUACCAGAACAGUUUCCGACACAAACACGAGUUACGUUGGGAUUUGGUUUCCAUCCAGGGACAAAAGAGUACAAGGUGGUCAGAAUUGUCUACUACAGGAACGAAGAUGAAGUCUCCAAUUUCCAAGUCCGCAGAUAUUCUUUGCCAGAAUCAGAGGUGCAAGUUUUAACACUUGGCAAUGGCAUGUCUACGUGGAGAAGCAAAGGGAGAACUUCUUACCAACUUCUUGGAAGUCAUCCAUAUCAAUCUCAGGUUUUGUUAAAUGGAAGACUUCAUUGGUUGACAUGCAGACAUAGGCAUCAGUCACGUCGUCAGCUGGUGUCCUUUGACCUAGCAGAUGAACAAUUCCAGGAGGUUCCAACCCCUAAUCAUGGAAUAUUUGGCAGGUAUUUCUCUCAUCUGGCAAUUCUCCGCGGUUGUCUUGCAGCAAUAACUCAAGGUUUUAGACAGCUUAACAUCUGGGUUAUGAAAGAAUAUGGAGUCAAGGAAUCUUGGGUCAAGGAGUUCAGCAUUGGAGCUCACUUGCCCAGACACUUGGAUCUAAAUCAGGCACCAUUCAUCUAUGUUCCAGAGUGUCCAAUCAACUGGUCACAAGCUCGAGCUUUAUGUUUUUUUAAGAAUGGUGAGCUUCUGUUAGAAUACAAGAGAAGGUCUCUUGUUUCUUGUGACCCGACAUCUGGAGCAUUCAAGGAGAUUAGUUUUGGAGGUUUGCCAGAAUCUUUUAGCACAUUUGUUCAUAUAGGCAGCCUCAAUUUCAUUAAUUGAUUCCCUAGUUCAUUAAGCAAUUUACAUUCAAAUUGUUCAUUUCAUAUUGUUUUUAGAGAAUUUUCAAUCAAUAAAGUGAAAUACAU